GAAGUCCUAUCAAAACGGCGUUUUGCGUUUGAGUCCGGUCAGGGGCAAAUACUCCCCAUUGGCUCGUUUUCAAAACCAUCGUUCUAUUCGAAACGCCGGUCGGUUCUGCCGGAGAGAGCUAAAGAUCACAGCUCAAAUAUGGUGAGAUUUAGCAGAGUGCUGCUAAAAGACGCCGUAAAUGUAAUCGACAAUACCCUAUCCGAGAUUCUGGUGUGUCCUCUCUCCAAGCAACCUUUGAGGUUUUGCGAGAAGACGAAAUCACUGGUCAGCGAUGCAAUCGGUGUCUCUUUUCCUAUUAAAGAUGGGAUUCCAUGCUUGGUUCCAAAGGAUGGAAAAAUACUUGGAGAAGAAGGUGAUGCAUCAAAAGCUCAAUGAUUUUUUUUGCUUUUGCAACAGAAGAAAUAAAAUGACCAGAGUGAAGCUUGCAACUUGUUGGACCUUAUCCAUCAGCGACUUAUCAAUGGUUUGUUCUGUCCUAUGUACUAGUUUGCUUCACUUUUUUAAGGCUUGUGACCAAGUUCUGGUAACACUUUAAAGAUUGAUUUUUUUUUUGAUGGGAAACAUGAAUGUAAGCAAAUGAGAGAUAGAUAAUGAAGGUGUAGUUUCAGGUGAAUGUACCGAUCUUUUCUUUUUAAGUUUGUUGAAGUCUAAGGAUUCUCAUUGACUGGAAUGAAGCUAAAAGCAUGAUUUUUAAAGUAUUGGAUACCUAAUUGAGGGGCUCUUAGUGUAUAAUGUGAGGAUAGAUUCUAGUCAUAGUCUCACUUUUGGUAACUAAUGUUCUCUAUCUUAAUGCUACUAUAUAUUAGCUCUUUGAUGUCCACUCUUAUCUGCUUUUGGUUGCUUAAAAGAAUACACAGCAAAAGAUCAACAACCAAAAGUAGAUAAACAAGAAUCUACUUGGACAUCAUCAACUGACUUAUCACUGUCCCGAUAAUUGACAAUGGACCAAAAGAGGAUAAAACCAUUCUCUUGAUAACCCAAAUGCACACAAACACAUGGUGUUUUGAUGAUGACUAGUAUAGCAGUAGAAUGAAUAAGUAAAACGUGGGGGGGUGUGACCAGAACAUAACCAAUCCUAUCAUGUUCUCUCUGACCAACCAAGAAAAGUGGGCUGACUUAAUUCCCAUUGGCUUGGAGGUUUCAAUUUCGUAGUGC